AAGUAUUGAAGCAAGGCAUUUUGAGGUUACGUUAUCGUUGUUGCUGGUUUUUCAAGUGUUGUGCUUAUUGAACUUUUGAAAAUGAGUGCUACUGAGGCUGUAAAUACGAGGAAGAGACGUAAAUCUGGAGAAGGAAGUCAUAAAGAACACCAGAAGAAGUCACGCUGCCAAGGAAAAUCAUACAUUAAUAAUAAAAAUCAACUUGCUUUGGCAAAACAAACACCUCAAGACAAGGUGACUUGCAAAUGCACCUACAAAUGCAAGGAUAUUUCUUUUUAUCAGAAGCUCAAAAUAUUCACUGAGUAUUAUGACAUAGGAGAUCUCAGUCGCCAAUAUACCUACCUUAUGGGCCUGAUUAAUGUCACUGGGGUCAACAGACGAAGACAUGGCAGCUAUGAGGAACCAGAAUCAAGUCGCCGUCAAGCUUCAGUUUAUUAUUCUUUACCGAAUGGUCAUGGGGAAAUAGUUCAAGUGUGCAAGAAGACAUUUCUGGAUUUUCACCAAAUUACAAAAAGAACAGUUGAAACUUUGGUCAAAUCAAAGAAAAGAGGAGAUUUGAUUUAUGUUGAGAAAAGCGGUAACAAGAAGAAAAUGAGAAAAUACACUGGUGAUGAUGAAAAAGCUGUGAUUGACCACAUGAAAAGUUUUCCAACAGAUAAUAGUCAUUAUACAAGAGCAAGAAGUGAUUGUGACUAUUUAAGUGAAGAUUUGGAUUACAACCGUAUGUAUUUGGCAUUUCAAGAGCUAUAUCCAGACACAAGAUCAUGCCUCGUUAUUAUAAAGAUACUGUGA